GCGGGCUCUAGGUGCGCCUGCUAGGUAGCGAGCGACAGGUGCGUCGGGCUGAAUGAUCGGGGCCUGCGUGCUUGCUGGCUCCAGCGCCGGGGAAAGACUGAGCCUUUAGCGAGGUAUUUCAGAUAUCUGUGGACAAGAUGGAAUCCUCUCCAUUUAAUAGACAGCAAUGGACUUCAGUAUCAUUGAGGGUAACAGCUAAGGAACUUUCUCUUGUCAACAAAAACAAAUCAUCAGCAAUUGUAGAAAUAUUCUCCAAGUACCAGAAAGCAGCGGAGGAAGCAAACACAGAAAAGAGAAGUAACACUGAAAAUCACCCCCAGCAUUUUAGAAGGGGCAUUCUAACUGUACUGAAGAAGAAGUGGGAGACCCCCGUGCUGGAAGCAGCCGCUCACACAGAUUACCUGCAAAACAGCAGCACUGAGGUCAAGAGGCACCCAGGCCACUGUUCUACCGUCGAAGCAGUCAGCAAUUUUGAUUCAGGGCUCAAAACUGACCAAAAGGAGCCAGUACAACCAAGAGCUAGCUUCAGAUCACCGCCUGAAGUUCUUUCUCGGAAUAUUCACAUCCGGAACCACCGCUCAAUGGAAAGUGAAAAAAUGGAAAAUUGUCUGGAAGAAUCCAGGCAUGAAGGAAGAAAACCUGAAAGCAGUGAAAACCCAGAAGCUGCAAACAAGAUUGAGAAAUAUAAUGUUCCACUAAACAGACUGAAGAUGAUGUUUGAGAAAGGUGAAGCAGCUCAAACCAAGAUUUCCAGGGUCCAAAGCAGCAGAAGUGCUGGUGGAAGAAGGAUCUCUGAAAACAGCUAUUCUCUGGAUGACUUGGAAAUAGGCACUGGCCAGUUGUCAUCUUCUGCUUUCAUCUCAGAGAAAAGUGAGAAUAGACGAAAUCUUGAGUUGCCCUGCCUAUCAGAAACCUCCAUCAAGGAUCGAAUGGCCAAGUACCAAGCAGCUGUAUCCAAACAGAGCAGUUCAACCAAUUAUACAAAUGAGUUGAGAGCCAAUGGUGGUGAAAUAAAAACUCACAAAUUAGAGCAAAAGGAGAAUGUGCCCCCAGGUCCAGAGGACUGCAUUUCUCAUCAGGAUGGAGAAAAGGCAACUGACACUAGUCCACCUGUUUGCUCCACUCCUGCUGACAAUGAUUCCUGUAACUCUCAGGUUAAGAGACAGGCCCAGAAGUCUAUUCUUCACAAACCUCUAAGUCCUGAUGCCAGAACCUCCAGCCUUUCUGAAAGUACUCCUCUCAAAGCAGUGAAGAAGUUCCAGGUGCCUGUCAGAGAGACCUGUGUGGAAUGUCAGAAGACUGUCUACCCGAUGGAGAGGCUCCUGGCCAACCAGCAGGUGUUUCACAUCAGUUGCUUCCGUUGCUCCUACUGUAACAACAAGCUCAGUCUAGGAACAUAUGCAUCUCUGCAUGGACGAAUCUAUUGCAAGCCUCACUUCAAUCAGCUCUUUAAGUCUAAAGGCAACUAUGAUGAAGGCUUUGGGCACAGGCCACAUAAGGAUCUGUGGGCAAACAAAAAUGAAAACGAAGAAGCUUUAGAGAAACCUACUCAGUUUCCAAAUGCAGGGGUGGAAGAUGCCCCCAUUGCUAAGGUGGGUGUGCUAACUGCAAGUAUGGAAGCCAAGACUUCCUCCAGUCAUCGAGAGAAAGAAGACAAGCCAGCUGAAACCAAGAAACUGAGAAUCGCCUGGCCACCACCAACUGAGCUAGGCAGUUUAGGAAGUGUCUUGGAAGAAGGGAUCAAAGUAUGCAAGCCCAAGUGGCCACCUGAGGAUGAAUCCAACAAGCCCGAAGCUCCUGAGGAUGUGGAUUUGGAUCUGAAGAAACUAAGGCGCUCUUCUUCACUGAAGGAAAGAUGCCGGCCAUUCACUGUAGCAGCUUCAUUUCGAACGGCUUCUGUCAAGAGCCCAAAAACGCUGUCUCCACCUACCAGGAAAGGCUGGAGCACAUCGGAGCCCAGUGAGGAGCUUGGGGAAGAAGCAGCUGCAGAGUGGAAACAAAUAGAAAGUGCCUCUGAGAAGAAUGGGGCAGUAGACAAAACAACUUGGCAAAACCAGGAAUCCAAAGUAAGUGAAAGCAAGAGGGGAAGCAGGGAAGUCCACGCCUUUGAGGUCGAGAGUGAAAAUCUUAUAGAAAAUGGAUCCAAUGUAGAUGAAGAUGAGAGCCACCAUUUCAAAGCACAAUCUCCACUAGAAGCCAAAUCUACAAAUUGGUCCAGCUUUGCAGAUAACACAUCCAGUAAAGAAUUCACUACUCCGAAUCCACCUUCCAGUGAUGUAGAGUUCUGGGAGGGAGAAGUCAAAGAGUUAUCUGUAGAAGAACAGAUAAAGAGAAAUCGAUACUAUGAUGACUAUGAAGACGAGGAAUGACGAAUUGUCUUGGUGCUGGGCCUUACAUUUGUGCUAGUGUUAGUGAGCCCUUUAUUAAAGUGAUUCAUGUAAACAGAAAUUGUAGAAUGAACUAUAAUUUAUGUGAAAGUAGCUGUGGGAAAGACUUUCUAAUUGCAAACAAAUCCUGUAUUACAGCUCAAGUGAACCAGUUCUAAGUGUUAGGAAUGCUAUUGCUUAAAUUCUCUUUUUUCAGUGAUAUAUAGUAAGUGUUUUAGGUCUUAUAAGGGGAAACUACACCAGCUGAUAAAAUCCAGAUUUUGCUAAGAGUUGGAAUCAACCUAGAUGUCCAAAAAUAGAUGAGUGAAUCAUGACAAUGUGGUACAUAUAUACAAUGGAAUACUACAUAGCUAUAGGAAUGAUGCAAUCACACAAUUUGCUGCAACAUGGAUGGAAAUGGAAGAUAUUGUGUUAAAUGAAGUAAGCCAGAAGGAUAAAUACAGAAUGAUAUCACUUAUAUGCGAUAUAACUGCAUGAAGAAAUGCAAUUGUUUAAAAGGGAAUUGUCUCAAACAUCCUUGGCCCCCAGAGUAUAGUGAGGAAAAGGAAAGAAAUUUGAGUGGAGGAGGUGAAACACAAAUAUGAAAGGAUGGAGGACAGGGGCCAAGCAGUCUCAGUUGCAUUGGUGUUAAGAAGGACAGAACUAUCCAAAGUCAACAAUGAUUGAAAUCAUAAAACCCAGACUUAAUCAAAACUUAAAAUGAGCGUGUUACACUACGGGCAGACUGGGGUUCAAGGAUGGUGGCAUGGAAUGCACUCUGCGAACAUUUGUGGAGGAGGUCAACACUGGGGGUGGGAUUGGCUCUGAAACAUGGUAUAUCUGAGACCCAACUAUGAAGAACUUUGUAAAUCAAAAGGUUUCAAU